CAGCGUGGAGUGGGGGCGUAACCAAUGAGGAAAACCCAAAUGACGGAAGCAUCUACCUAGCGGUGCUGUUUCAACCUUACGGUGCCAUGAAUUGUAUGUAUAUAUUCCCUAUUUAUGGCAUUGAAUGACCAUAUGGCUGUAACUCGGAACAAACUGAAGAUUGCAAGCUACUUAUUUUUGUAAAAGCAGGAUAAAAAAUGAGCAACAUCCUACACGCGGCAUCAAAAGUGAAAUGGAAUCAGAGCACUGCGGCGAAAAGAGCGGUGUUCCUGGCGGCCGCCGUAUACGGGGCGAAAACGCUUUACCCCAUCAUCUGCAAACAAAUAAAUCAACGGAAAACAACCAAGAACAACACAUCUGCACCAGGACAUGAGAAUGGAUUGAUAUCUACUCAUAAAGCUACACCAGAGACUGUGUCUGGUCUUAGUAAAUCACCCGGUGUCAAUGCGGAAUUCUUCAAGCAGAUUCUUGAACUGGUUAAAAUCGUAUUUCCGAGGUUUGUAAGUAAAGAACUGGGUUUACUAUGUUUACAUUCACUAGCUCUCGUUUCACGGACGUUUCUGUCUAUUUAUGUGGCAGGUUUGGAUGGUAAAAUAGUGAAAACGAUCGUAGAGAAGCAGCCGCGGAGCUUCAUGAUCAAACUGAUGAAAUGGCUUCUGAUCGCCAUCCCGGCCACAUUCGUCAACAGCGCGAUCCGUUAUCUGGAGUGCAAGCUCGCGCUCGCGUUCCGCACGCGUUUGGUAGAUCAUGCAUAUAAAACGUAUUUCACCAAUCAGACCUAUUAUAAGGUCAGUAAUAUGGACGGGAGACUGGCGAAUCCGGACCAGUCUCUGACAGAGGAUGUGAUGAUGUUCUCGCAGUCCAUUGCGCAUCUGUACUCAAACCUCACCAAACCCAUCCUAGACGUGAUACUGACUUCCUAUACUUUAAUACAGACUGCGCGAUCUCGGGGUGCGAACGCAACCGGACCGACUCUGUUAGCGGGUCUGGUGGUGUUCGCCACGGCGAAGGUUCUGCGCGCCUGCUCGCCAAAGUUCGGUAAGCUGGUGGCAGAGGAGGCGCACAGGAAGGGCUACCUGCGAUAUGUGCACUCCAGAAUCAUAGCCAAUGCAGAGGAAAUCGCCUUCUAUAGGGGACAUACGGUGGAGAUGAGGCAGCUGCAGAAGUGUUACAGUGCCCUGGCAGAGCAAAUGAAACUCAUCCUAUCGAAACGUCUGUGGUACAUCAUGAUCGAACAGUUUCUCAUGAAGUACGUCUGGAGUGGAUGUGGUCUGGUUAUGGUCGCAGUGCCCAUCAUCACUGCAACUGGCUUUGCUGAUAACGAGCUGGCGGAUGGUCAGACACAAGUGUUGGUGAGUGAAAGAACUGAGGCCUUCACAACAGCACGCAAUCUACUGGCCUCAGGGGCUGAUGCCAUUGAAAGGAUCAUGUCUUCUUAUAAAGAGGUCACUGAGUUAGCUGGCUACACAGCACGCGUGCACAACAUGUUUUUGGUAUUCAACGAAGUCCAGAGGGGAAUAUACAAACGUUCAUCUGCCACCUCGACUGCAGGCGAGGUGAUAAGCGGAAGCCGUCCUGAGAUGCACAUCGAUGGGCCUCUGGAAAUCAAAGGCGAAGUUAUUGAUGUGGAUAAAGGUAUAGUCUGUGAAAAUGUGCCUAUAAUCACUCCUAAUGGAGAUGUAGUUGUGUCCUGCUUGAACUUCAAGGUAGAGGAAGGGAUGCAUUUGCUGAUCACGGGGCCAAACGGAUGCGGGAAGAGUUCUUUGUUCCGGAUCCUCAGUGGCCUGUGGCCCGUGUAUGGUGGACUACUGCACAAACCCUCUCCUGAGCACAUGUUCUACAUCCCACAGAGACCAUAUAUGUCCGUCGGGACAUUACGAGACCAGGUCAUCUACCCUGACUCUCUGGAUGACAUGCAUGACAAGGGUUACAGAGACAAGGACCUGGAAGUCAUUCUGGACAUUGUCAAUUUAAACCAGAUAGUUACCCGGGAAGGAGGCUGGGAUGCAGAGAUGGACUGGAAAGAUGUUCUUUCUGGAGGCGAGAAGCAGCGUAUGGGCAUGGCACGCAUGUUUUACCACAAGCCCAAGUAUGCUCUGCUGGAUGAGUGCACCAGUGCUGUCAGCAUUGAUGUAGAGGGUAAAAUAUUUCAGGCUGCAAAGGAUGCUGGUAUCUCCUUGCUGUCCAUCACCCAUAGACCCUCGCUAUGGAAAUACCACACACACCUGCUGCAGUUUGACGGCGAGGGCGGCUGGCGGUUCGAGCAGCUGGAUACAGCCACACGGCUCUCACUGACAGAGGAAAAACAGCGCUUAGAGUCUCAGCUCGCAGGCAUCCCUGAAAUGCAGCUCAGAUUGAAUGAACUGUGCAAGAUCUUGGGUGAAGAUUCGGUCCUAAAGACGGUGGAAAACAAGAAUGAGGAGUAAAAGAAACCGGGAGAUGCUUGUUGUUCAGGAAAACUCCUGUUUUGGUACUUUUAAAGUUUUAGCAAUGAUUUUAACAUUUGAUGUGUAUACGUGACAAUUCAGUACUGAAAUGGAAGUUUAAUAGGAAUUAUCCCUUUUGUUUUAUUUUUUGUUUUUAUUAUUUAGUUUUGUUUUGCUUUUUUGUUUUAGUUUGUUCCUUAUUUUGUUUUGUUGUUUUGUUUUACUUUUUUGUUUUGAUGUUCAGUUCUGUUUUUUUUUUUUUUUUUUUUUGCUUUGCUUUUUGUUAAUCUGUUUUUGUUUUGCUUUUAAUAGUGUUUUUUGUUUAGUUUCCAAUUUUCUUCUUAAUUAUUUUGGUUAUACCUUUUCAGCACUUUACUGAACCAAUUUCUUUCCUGGAUUAACUCUUUCAGCUAGUUAUUAUUUAGGUAGUGUAAUUCUAAGGCUAAAUUGCUCAUUUUUAUUGACAUUUUAACCAAAACAACUUCUCUCCUUAUCUAAAUACAAAAAUGUGCUAUCCUGUGGUAACAGGAUAAAUAGGUAAAGAGUGAUCAAACUUUUUUUAGUUAAAGUUUAAGUUAAAACCUACACAUUUAGUAAUGGAAAAUGGUGUAGGUCAUUUACAAAAUCAGCUUUUAUGCAAUCAACCACUGAAGUAGCUCGAAAGAGAAAAUGAUGCAUGACUAUCUAUAGGUCAUUGUGUGAGUCAGCUGGAGAGCUCUGGGUUUAAGACAGCAGGUUUCUGGUUUUCUGAACAAAUACAAUAUGCUGGAUACACACACUGAGGGCACAGGACACAGGAGGUGGUUCUGUUGUGUCCACACUCAGCUGACAAAAAGCUAGAGAAUGUGUGAUUCUGGGUCACCGAACUAAAUGAGAUACAUGCUCACCACAAUUUUAUUUUUUUUUUCUCAGUUCCACUGUCAAAUCGUAUUAUUUAGUUGUUUUGAAAUGUAUUGCACAUAUGUCUAUCUUCAUUUAGACUGAUAUACUGUGAAGUUUGUCUAACAACUGUGAUGUUUAUCUUUGUGUUUAUUUUAAUAUCAAAUACAACACAUACAUUUUAAAACUUUUUAUUCAAAUACUGAAGAACUGUAUUUGUUUUUAUUAUUGUUUUGUUUGAAACUCUAAUUGGUUGGAACAUUUAAUUGAGGUUAAUUAAUUAAUUUAAUUAAAGGUACGUUUUCUUUGCUUUGCUAAUCUCAAACAGCUAUGUUGGACACGACCACCAUUACCUUUUAAAGGACAUGAAUUUGACAAGGCUGUCAACCUUAAAUUUGCACUCCUAUGGGUGUGCUUGUAUGUGUACACAAUUAUCAAAGUUUUAAUCUAAUCAUCCCAAAAAUGUAAUACUUUUUUGAUAUUCCUUUAUCACCUAUGGAAUAUACUGACCUAGGCUGAAGAAUUGGACUUAGGGGGGGAUAAAAUCAUUAGGUUAGGAAAAACACAAACAACUGUGGACAUACUUCUACUGUGUACAAACUACAAAAUUACUUCAUUUUUAUGAAACUACUGAAGAACAAAAACAAUUAAGUUUUAUUUGUUUGUAUACCUCCUCGCCUGUAUGCUAGGUAAUAUUUUUGAACUGAUGGGAGUGUUUUUUUUUUUUUUUGUAAACAUGCAGUUGAAUUACAUGUGGAUGAGACUUGACUCUGUCAAGUAUGUCAACAAUCAACAAACAAAAAAAAUCUGCCUGUAAAUAAAAUAAAUACUACCAAAAUAUA